AUGACUGAAGCAGAACCUUCCGCCGUUGCAAGUGAAGUUCCGACUUCAUUGGCACCUCUUCGAGCAAUUCAACAUAGAGAUAGUCAGGGAAAUCCUAUCGCGGAACCCGAUCGUUCAAAUCCUACAAGAAGCAGAUGGGAAAGACCUUUGGAUACUAUUCGAGCUUUUGAGGCAGCUAUUGAUGGAAACUAUUCUUCGAGGAAAUCAAUGAUACGCGCUGAAUCCGACGUGGGCUCAACAUACAAUCGUCGAAACAGUUAUUUCGCAGCGAGUCAGAUGAACAAUGACGAACGGCCAAGGUAUUCUCAGCAGAGCUACUAUGGAGGACAACAAUCCUACAGGCAAAAUAGCCAAUAUGGUGAUGGACGAGCGAAUGGUGUGACGAGGCCUGACAGCUAUUAUACUACCGACAAUCAUGGAGGUCCUGGCCAUGGAUAUACCCCCAACAGAUCUCGAUACCCUCGAACAGCAUCAGAACCACAAUUCAACAGCGGUGUAUACACAGCGCCUGGAGGACAGCAACACUCAUACGAAACUGUGACGACAGCAUCUGGUAGUGCAAUAUCCGCAGACCCCGCGGGUUAUUCAACGGAUCCCAGCAGCUUAAAUAGUUCAGUAGAUGGAAUUCAUGCAUUACCACAGCCACCAAAGGAACCUAUGGAGACCUAUGGCUUCAAUGGAUUCGGAAACAACCCUCAGUACCUUCCACCCGGAAGUGGUAUCAAUGAGCAAAAUGGAAUGCGAAGGCAACAGAUUAAUGGCUUAAACCAAGGACCUCCACCGACAAACAAAGAUAGUACACCACGAACUCCAAUUAACCUUGGCAUCACAAGUGGAAAUUCUGGACCUCAAAAAUCGGUCGUCGAAAUCACCAAAUCAGAUGUUAAACCCCAACCAGAAAAACGAAAAAGUUGGUUUGGAAGAAAGUUGAGCAAGAAUAAAUAA